GGGAACACAGAUGAGGAGGAGGAGGAGGAGGCAGAGGACGAGGAGGAGGAGGACACCGAAGAGGAUGAAGUUCAGGUGAUCGAAAUGAAGAAGGAGAACAGCGAGGCGUCGCGUCUAAAGCAGCAAGACAGCGGCAAGGAGGCGUCUCCCCUCACCAGCCCCGGCUGCAACUCCCAGGUGGAGAAACCAGGAGAGCAGCCCAGCCUGGGGAAAAAAAAUGAUAUCUCCAGACACAGCUAUUCCAGAUACAACACAAUCUCCUACCGGAGGAUUAGAAAAGGAAACACCAAACAGCGAAUCGAUGAAUUUGAAUCCAUGAUGCACUUAUAA